CCUUCCCUCUCAAAAGGAUAACAACAUCCAUCCACCGGCAGCCACCACGCCAGAAAAUAUGAACUCUUCCAUCCUUCCAUUCACCAAAUCCAUCGCCACUUCCCCUCAUAUAUUCACUUCCCACCAUAACCACCAUCACCUCCGUCCAUCCACGCUCCUCCUCACCAGAAGCAGCAGCAGCGGCAGCGACAACACCACCGUAGAUGACGGCGCUGCAAACUCAUCGCCACCACCUUCGGAUAAAGAUACAGUUCAGAUAAAGUUCAAAAGAGGGGCGAGGAGAAAAACGCGAAGAAAUCAAGAAAACGGCUUCGAUGACAAUGCGAAGAUGAUGGCGAAGAAAGAAGUGGUGAAGAAAGAUUGGGAAUCGAUGACACUUACAGAAAAAGCAUUGGAGUUGUAUGUAGGAGAAAAGGGUCUAUUGUUUUGGAUCAACAAAUUUGCUUAUGCAUCGAUUUACAUCAUAAUUGGAGCUUGGAUAUUGUUUAGGUUCGUUGGUCCUGCUCUGAAUCUUUAUCAGCUGGAUGCUCCUCCAUUAUCUCCGACUGAUGUGCUCAAGGGCUCCUCCCCCAAAUGAGACAGAAACAAUUCAUACACGAAGCAAAUGAUGAGAAUCUCAAUAGCUAAUUAGAAUUUUAUCUGAUUCACUGUGGUAUAGGCACAUCAAAUUGUCCAAUUGCAUUCGAUAGUAAUACAGAAUUUUCCCCAGAA